AUGAUCAUCGAGGAGCUGCCGAGUGGCCCGCAGGCGGCGGCGGAACUUGCGGCGAAAGGCGACGCGCAGUUUGUGGACGAGGACUACGACGCGGCCGUGGAUCUUUACACCCAGGCGAUCAGCGCGAAUGGCGCGACCGAGAAUUUACUCUGCAAACGCGCGGCCGCGCACAUUAAGCUCGAGAAUUACACAGAUGCGGUGGCCGAUGCGAAUGCGGCGAUCAAGCUGAACCCGUCGUACGCGCUCGCCUACCUGCGUAAAGGAGUCGCCUGUCACCAUCUAGAGGAGUAUGAAACAGCACUGGCAGCGUUUAAGGCGGGAGCCAAGCUGGAGCCCAAUAACGCCAAGUUUAAAAACGGCAUUCGCAAGGCAGAGGCGGAGCUGCAGAGCCAAGAGGAAGAUAUGGCAGUUGACGCCCCUACCUCCUCUGGUGCUCCAUCCACAUCAGAAGCUCCUGCCAGCGCCCCCACUGCUUUUGCUGCGCCUUCUCCCUCUGCUCCUGUCUCUGCACCUGCACCAGCACCGACGGCGCCAGCACCAGCGCCCCCUAAGUAUAGGCACGAGUUCUAUCAGUCGGCCACAACUGUGGUGGUGACUGUGUUCGCUAAAGGCAUUUCAUCGGAGCAGCUGAAAGUGCAGAUCGGAGAGCAAGUGCUGAGUGUGGUGAUCGAAUCGACCAAUGACGAGCCGCCAUAUGUCCUGCAGCUGCGGCUUUUUGGAAAGGUGGACCCGGCAAAGAGCAAGCACGUGCUGAUGAGCACCAAGGUGGAGGUGCGCCUGGCCAAGGCGGAGGCUAUUCACUGGACCGCCUUGGAGGCCACCAGACGACCGGCUGUGGUGCAGCCUGUGAACGUGUCCGAUGAAACCGCGGAGAAGCUGAAGCACAUGUACCCUUCGUCCCGCAAGCAGCAUGUGAACUGGGACCAGCUGGAGGCGGAAGUCAAGGCAGAGGAGAAGGAUGAGAAGCUGGAGGGAGAUGCAGCUCUGAACAAGCUGUUUCAAGACAUCUAUGCAGGAGCAGACGAGGAGACACGCCGUGCCAUGAACAAGUCGUUUGUGGAAUCUAAAGGCACGGUGCUAUCGACAAACUGGAAGGAGGUUGGUGCUGGGAAGAGCCACAACAUUCAGAAGCUGUUUGCAGUUCAAGGCGAGGAGAGGAGGAGGUCUGGGCAUGCGACCGUCGUAUCCGCCGCUGAGCCGUACCUAGUGACCAAAGCCAAGCAGCUUCGCGGCAUCGCGGACACCGCGCAAGCAGAUCUCGACGCCGCUAAUGCGCUUCUCCAGCAGCGGCUUGCGGAAGAAGCGCCUCUCGUGCAAAAGGUGGCGGCUGCGGAUGCGGAUGUCGCCGCCGCAACGACUGAGCUGAACAACAAGCGCGCCGAGCUCGAAGCGGCGAAAGUGGAGCAGGAAACGGCGCGUCAGGCGCUGAUUCAGGCGAAGCAGGUUUCGCGCGAUGAGCGCUCGUACUAUGACGACCUUGAGUCGCAGGCCGAAGAAGCCAUUUUUGAAGAGAGCGAAGCCGCAAAAGACGUUCUCGACGCCAUUUCCCGCCAAAACACCACCGCCGUCGUGCUCGCAGAGCAGCAGAAAAUAUCCACGGAGGCUUACAACGACGCUGUCGCCGCGGCUCGGUCAGCGGCGCGGCUCCAAACCCCUGAGGCGAAGGCGUUUCAGACGGAAAUGUACAACGUGAAACUCCAGGCGGAUCGUAUCCUCGGAGCCGUCAAGAAACAGGCGGACCGCGCCGUCGUGCGCGUAUCAGAGCGGCAGACGGAAAGCGAGAAGGUCAAGAAGGACAAGUCCGAUACUCGCGGCGCUGCGGACGAGCAGAAGAAGGUGAAGGAAAAGGCGGAGAAGGACGAAGCCGAUUCGAACGUGUUUUUUACCAAAGCGAUCGGAAAGACCAAGAACUUGGAUACCGCGGUGAAAGCGGCGGGGCAGAAUUACAACGCGAAGGUGAAGGCGCAGCGGGACGCGAAGCUGGCGCUGGCGCCCAAGGUCAAUGCGCGCGCGGCGCAGGAGCGCGUCGUGGCGGUGAAGAAGUCGCGCGCGGACGCAGCCAAGGGGAACGCGGAUAACGCGGAGAAGGAAGCGAAGGGGAAAGGUCUCAAUUGGUAG